AGAACUUCUAGUGUCUCCCUCCUCCCCCCUAAUUCCACAGUUUGCCAGAGAUGUAUCGUGUGUGAGUCCCUCACGCAGGAGUCAUUUCGAAAGAUAAAUCGUGAAAGGAGGAUAAAAAACUCCAGUGCAUCAAAUAAAUCGAAGUGAAGUGAUUGAAUACAUUCGGUCGGAUAAAGAAAAAAUAGUGGCAUGAAUGAUGCUGCGAGAGGUGAACAGUUGUGUGAAUAUUCAGUCCAAACGGAAUUGAAGGUGAUAAAGAAUGGCAACAAAAACUGAGGACUCAGUCUCUAUGGACAACGCCACCGACGGUGGAAGUGUGGACAAGGAAAUACUGACAAUAAGCGGUUCUGAUAACUCAAGCCACCGUGUGCCACCCACGUACCUCUACAACACUGGUACCGACCAGUGUGGAAUAAAUUCCGAUCAUGACAGGCACAAUCACUGUUACGAUCAGACCACGGAUGAUCAGUUGGGACCAUUGCCAUCGAAUUGGGAGAAGGCGUACACAGAAACUGGGGAAAUUUACUUCAUCGAUCACAACACAGGCACCUCCCACUGGCUAGAUCCGCGAUUAUCAAAAUUCCAGAAGCGUUCCCUGGAGGAGUGCCUCGACGACGAGCUCCCCUACGGAUGGGAGAAGAUCGAUGAUCAGCUCUAUGGUACUUACUUCAUCGAUCACGUCAAUCGGAGGACGCAGUACGAGAACCCGGUGAUCCAGGCGAAGAGGGCACAGCAGGGCCUCAAUGACCGGAAGAGCCCCAGCUUCACGAGAAAUCCCAAGAAGUUGAAGGGGCAGAGGAUCAGGACGACUCUGCUGAAGAGCUCGAGGGGACUUGGGUUCACUAUUGUCGGGGGUGACGAUACGGUUGAGGAAUUUCUCCAGAUUAAGAGCGUUGUACCCAAUGGUCCAGCCUGGCUCGAUGGGAAAUUGCAAACAGGAGACGUUCUAGUAUACGUCAACGACACCUGCGUGCUGGGCUUCACCCACAACGACAUGGUGAACGUAUUCAAAUCGAUAACAAGCGGUGAGACAGUCUCCCUGGAGGUGUGUCGGGGUUACCCCCUGCCGUUCGACCCCAACGACCCGAACACGGAGGUGGUGACAACGAUAGCAGUGAGUCCCCCCGACGACAGCCACCAGGAGGUCCCCAGGAGUCUGCAGCAGCACCCCUCGGACCUGUUGCCAGAGGACCCAGCGCUCUACAUGGACCUGGACCCCUCCCUGCAGCCGGACUCUCGCUUCGGUUUCCUGGACAGCUCAUUCCUCCCAGUGCACAGCCACCAGAACGGCGAGAACCUGACGACAGCCUCAGUAAACUCAAUGCCCGACCUCUGCAUCUCCGACAAGAUCACGACCAUCAAAAGGCCCAGCAGCACUGACAUUCUGCUGUCAGACCGAGCGGACUUCGACGAUCCGAAGGACCCCUCAAAGCCAGAAUUCCUGAGCAUUUCGAUCGUAAAAGGCGCCAUGGGCUUCGGUUUCACAAUAGCUGACUCCUCCCACGGUCAGAAGGUGAAGAAAAUCCUGGAUCGACACCGCUGCAAGAACCUGAUGGAGGGAGACAUCCUGGUGAACAUCAACGACAUCAACGUGAGGAGCAUGUGUCACUCCGAGGUUGUCCAGGUCCUCAAGGACUGCCCCAGGAGCCAAGAGGCCCUCAUCCACGUCCAGAGGACAAUUGGAAAGGCCAAGGACAAGAAGGAGAAGAAUCCCCAGGAGUUCUACAGGAGCAAAACCCCAACGGCCGACAUUUACAGCACUCAAUCGAAGACAAUUGUGCCUAGCAGACCCAAGACGCCUCUCAUUGACACGAGAAAUUGCACGAAAUCCCCAGCCGACUUCAGAUCCGACUGGAGAAGUGAUAACGACAAUGAUCUGAAUCCAAUGGAUAACACCUGCAAGUAUCCCGAGUACAAUCACGACGUUUACUACAACGAUCCUUACAAAUCGAACAUGGGGAAGAUCACGGAUAACUUUGGGAGGAUGACGAGCAUUGAUGACGAUCCCAUGAGGCAUGGCAGCAGGGACUGGCGUGGGAACGACAAGAUGAGUUUGGGGGGCGAUUUGUAUCCCAUCAGUGGUGGGGGACACGAGCAGAUGGCCAAGCAGAAUGGCGAGCCGCCCGAUUAUUACAAGGAUCUUUACUCCGUCAGGAUGCAUCAGCAGUACUCGGUCCAGGAUUAUGCGGUCUAUGGGAUGGGGCAGGAGCAGAGCGUCGACACCGGGGAGAUGUGGGACAAGAGGAAAGAGACCACCAGUUUUGAGCAUGAACAACCACAUUCCAGCUCGAUAUCUAGGUAUCCCCAGUACCCAAAUGAAAUGGUCUGCCCCACAAUUCCCGAUGUCGAGUGGAUAGAGACCCUGGUGACCCUAGUUCGCCAAGACACUGGUUUUGGUUUCAGGAUAGUAGGAGGAACCGAGGAGAGAUCUCAGCAGGUGUCCGUUGGCCACAUCGUCCCAGGUGGAGCAGCCGACCUGGACAACAGACUGAACACCGGGGAUUUGAUAAUGUCUGUCGAUGGCGAGAGUGUCAUGAACUCUUCCCAUCACCACGUGGUCCAGCUGAUGAUCCAGGCGGCGCAGAAUGGGAGGGUCACCCUGGGGAUAAGAAGACGAAUCAACGCCCAGGAUCAUCUCCAGGAGAAUCUGCAGGGAUCGUACGACAGGCAGAUGAACCUCCAGUAUCCUUACGACAUCACUGUCACCAGGAUGGAGAACGAGGGCUUUGGGUUCGUCAUCAUCUCGUCUGUCAACAAGGCUGGGUCCACCAUUGGGCGGAUCAUCGAGGGCUCGCCUGCCGAGAGGUGUGCCAGGCUCAACGUUGGAGACCACAUUCUGGCUGUUAAUCACGUCGACAUCACCAAUGUCUGUCAUAAGGACAUCGUCAAUUUAAUCAAGGACUCUGGGUACUCCGUCACACUCACCAUUGGCUAUCCCAUUGACGACUGCUGCAGCACCACUUCGAUGUCCCAGAAG